AUGCAAAACUCUGAUGCACAGGAGACAGGGAAGACAGGAUUCAAUGCUGAAGAUGAUGGCUUCAAUGUGCUCGAUUUGGUGGCAGCUCGGAGCAGAGGAGCUACAGAGGUUGAGCGCCACAAAAUAGAGGCUUUUCAGCUGAAGGCUGCGCCAAGAAAAGAGGAAGAAGAAGCUCCUAGAUCCGAUCACAGCAGCACUUUCCAGAAUUCUUUGGAUGGCCCCCACACAAGUUCAAGCACUGCCACCAACGACACUGAAGAGGGAGGAUCAGGACAAGAAAAACAGAGCGAAAACGAAGAUGAGUUCAUCAUUAAAAGGUAGUUCAGCAUCGACAGGAGCAACAGCAGCAUACUUUAGCCUCUGCCAAUGUAAUUCCAUCUCCAAAUCAGCGACGAGUGCCUCAAGAUUCGAUCAUGAUGCGCCCAGGAGCCUAUGCGUCCACACCCGGUAUGGAGCUCCAACGAUCGGACACCUUUCGCAGAUCAAAACUGAG